AUGGAAGAAGAUUUAUUGACAGCCGCAUUGAGCGAAGCUGGUCUCGAGGAGUUUAUUGUACGGCCAAAUGAAACGAGUGGAAAUGAAUGCACUGAACCAACAGUUAGCAAUAGUCAACAAAUAUCUGAUAUUGAUAAGGAUUCAGUGCAUUCACCUCCCCCGAAACUCGUCAACGAAGCGUUACGCGAUCAAAAACCUGUCCGAUACGCAAGCAUCCGAACCGUUCCCGUGUCGUCGUUAUCCUCAUCAUCACCCACAACGACACGUCGAAUGCUUGCGUCACCACUCAAUUAUGACACCAACAGUAAUGGACAUGUAAUAAGACGAAUAUCAACAGUUCCAUCUGCAAACGAUUAUAUCACUUCUCGUAUCUCACCGGCUAUACUUCGAUCACGAAGACCCGUCACCACUCAGAUGCAGAACAGUGCAGUUGCCGAAGAAAGGAUGGUCACAACAACCAGACGUAUAAUAAACCGUCAGUCAAUAUCUCCAUCAUCAGUUCUAGAUACACAUGAUUAUGACGUUCAUCCGACCACAUCAACAAGUCAUUAUCGUCUCUCAUCACCAUCGCCCUCUCGUAAUCGUAAACCCACAACUGUUUAUGUUCUAAAACGAAAUCUGUCAUCUGAUCGUCAACAUCCCAUGCAAAAAGCUGUAUACGUAAGUCGAGCGGUUGGAAAUGGUCAAAUAAUCCGUACGAGUCAAUCACCACAACAGAGGACAAUGUUGGUUAGGAACAAUGCUCGAAUGCCAUCGAGUAGUGUCGUCGGAACGUCGUCUUCAGUACGAACAACUAAUCAACGUUUCGUAAAUGGCAACCAUUCAUCAGUUAUUUACGGGAGAAGAUCGCCAAUCGUAACGACUCGAAUAAUAGAACGAACACAAUCUCCGUCACCGUCUCAUUCUCCGAUACUGUCAACAAUCCAACGGCAUCCACAAAAUAUCGAUUCACAUGCGAUGGUUUACGAUGAAACUGGUCAUCAGUACGUAGCGAUAUCGCCACCUCUAACAAUCACACCAUCCACCAACAAUAAUACUGAUCAAUUUGCGCAACGAUCAAUAAUACGUAAAAGAAUCGUUGGAGGCAAUUCAACGUUGAAUCGAUCAGCAACAACACAGAAUCGUUUAUCUUCGUUAUCGUACUCCUAUCCAAAGGAUCAUCCCAACAUUACGAGACCAAUGUUAACAAGGAAUGUCUCAUCUCCUAAUCUGAUACAACAACGACAAGCAAUAACGUCAUCCUCUGGCAUUGAUACUGAUGUUAAUGACGAUAUCAUCUCGAUACCGAACGACAGGAUUACGCAAAUGCAACAACAACAUCAGAUACGUAGACACUCACUAAAUGGUGACUUGCAACCGAUUAUUAAUAUCAGACAUCGAACCAAUAUUAGCGAUAGCAACAGCAAUGCUAUAGCACAAUCAUAUCGAUCGUUCUCACCCGUGACCACUGUCAAAAGUUUAAAACCGUUCGUCAAGAGUAAUAGCAAUCUGAACGCUGAUAUGACGAGUAUUAGUGGUGAACAAGCAAACGAUAUGAAUAUCAAACGAACAGCUGUGACAACACCAUCAGCUUCAUUGUCGUUGAUGAGUGCUGGUCAAAUGAUCAACGAAGAUAGUAAAAGCUUGAUUGUGCCAUCUGAAGUUGGAGUAGGAGCACAGCAGCCAACAGCAUCUCCUCCGAAUACGUCUGAUGCAAAGCCUUCGUUAACGCCCAAACAAGUCGAACGUAAAGAUGCGGUAAAGAAUGAUCGCAAAGUGGCUAGGGAUCAAAUGAAGGCAGCGCUUCAAGCCGGCGUUGACCGUGGUACUCAAGAAAUUGAAGAUGAGGUGGAAAGCGUGGGAUAUGCAGAAACGUAUGCCGAUUAUAGACCAGUGAAACUGAGAUCUGGACUGGCACAUCCUGAUACGGUUGUCGAAACAGCAUCGUUAAGCAGUGUGGAACCACCUGAUAUCAAAUAUAAUUUAUCGAUUCCUGAAGUGCUGGUUGAUACGGGUGCGAUAUCAGCCGUACAAUUAGAGGCAGUGAUUUACGCAUGUCAGGCGCAUGAAAUGAUGUUACCGAGUGGGGAACGAUAUGGUUAUUUGAUAGGUGAUGGGGCUGGCGUGGGAAAGGGUCGCACGAUCGCUUGUAUCAUCUAUGAGAAUUAUUUACUUGGAAGGAAACGAUCUCUGUGGUUGAGUGUAUCAUCAGACUUGAAAUUCGAUUCACAGCGUGAUCUUAGAGAUAUUGGUGCGAAAAACAUCAAGAUUCACGCACUGAACAAGUUCAAAUACGCAAAAAUCAGCGGUAAAGAAAAUGGAAGCGUUAAGAAAGGUUGUAUAUUCGCAACGUAUUCGUCGUUGAUCGGUGAGUGUCGAUCAGCAAAAAACAAGUAUCGAACACGACUCAAACAGUUGAUUCAGUGGUGUGGAAGGGAUUUCGACGGUUUGAUCGUAUUCGACGAGUGUCAUCGUGCCAAGAAUCUCGUCCCAACAACCGGCUCAAAGCCGACCAAAACUGGUCAAGUUGUGAUGGAACUGCAAAAAGCUUUACCGAAUGCGCGCAUCAUUUACGCAUCUGCGACUGGGGCGAGUGAACCACGCAAUAUGGCCUAUAUGGUGCGACUUGGUUUAUGGGGUCAGGGACAGGCAUUUCCGGAAUUCAGUGACUUUAUUAAUGCUGUGGAAAGGCGUGGAGUUGGUGCUAUGGAAAUUGUGGCAAUGGACAUGAAGCAGCGAGGUCUCUAUUUGGCAAGGCAGCUGUCAUUUCGUGGUGUUAGUUUCCGAGUUGAGGAAGUGCCGUUAUCACCUGAAUUCAUUGAGAUUUACGAUGAUUCGGUUAAAUUGUGGCUGGAAUGUAGGAGACAAUUCCAGGCUGCGUUAAAAGCGCAAAGUGGCUGUGAGCAACGCGCAAAUAACAAACAAAUUUGGGGUCAGUUCUGGGCAGCGCAUCAACGCUUCUUCAAAUAUCUUUGUAUCGGCGCUAAGGUGGACGCGUGUGUACAAUUGACUCGAGAAGCAAUGAAGACGAAUAAAUGCGUCGUCAUCGGUUUGCAGUCAACUGGAGAGGCGAGAACGUUGGAAGCACUCGACGAUGCUGGCGGAGAAUUGACCGAUUUCGUUUCAACUGCAAAAGCUGUUUUGGUCGGCUUAAUCGAUAAACAUUUUCCGUUGGAUAAAUCUGGUGGAUGUGGGGAUAUUUUCUCCUCGUUAGAUUCGAUGUUUAGCGAUUUCGAUCGAUCAGGCAAAAAGAGAAAAGCAACCAAUGACAUAUAUGGUGGUUCAUUCACGUCCUCAUCAGCAAAUCGCUCGCACAAGAAACCAAAAUUUGAAGGUGGUUAUUACAGCGAUGAGGAUAACAAGUCAUCGAAUGCAACUUCUGUAAGGGAUGAGUCGAAUGCUGGUGAAUCGGAUGAUGACAACGGCUCUGAGAAGAAUAAUACAUCGGAUUCCGAGAACGAUGAAGAUAAUUCGUCAACGAGUGGCGAUGAGAGUGGUUUUGCUAGAAUGGUUGUGAUUGAAGAGGAUGAGUCGGGCGAGGAUAGUGACGGUGCGAUAGUGGGCGAUGAGGAGACGUGGGCUCGCAGGUUGCUCGAUGAAGUGCGAAGCAGUUCCGAGGAAGAGGACGAAAGCGAUAACGCUCCAACUGACAACAACGAGCCCAAUGAUAACGACAAUGACAACGACAACGAAUUCAAUCCCUUCUUAUGUGAUCUCACCAAAGAAGAUCCGUGGGCAUCAAGACAACAAGUCAUAUCAGAUUCACCGAAAAAGAAAGAGAGAAUCAAAAAGAAAGUUAAGAAAAAGAAGAAAACGCACAAAAAACUCGAAAUACCUCAACGAAAAACUGCAUUCGAAUCGGAAGCGAUGAUGGUAAGCGCUGAUGCAUUCAUAUCGUCAUCACGUAUAAUUGAACGAACGGGUGAUGUGGCUGGUGGUUCGAUAGUUAAGGCAGAAUUGUUGACAGCUGCUGAGAGACUCGGCAAUAGAUUACCACCGAACACACUCGAUCAACUCAUCAACGAACUUGGAGGGCCUGAAUUCGUUGCUGAGAUGACGGGUCGGAAAGGUCGUGUGGUGAGUCGUGAAGAUGGCGAGGUGGAGUACGAACUGCGACAUACUGGUGUUGACGUACCGUUGGAGCUGUUGAACAUGGACGAAAAGGAUAAAUUCAUGAAAGGCGAAAAAGCAAUUGCGAUCAUUUCCGAGGCUGCUUCGUCGGGUAUAUCGCUUCAGUCAGAUCGUCGAGCGCAAAAUCGACGUCGCCGUGUGCACAUAACACUUGAACUGCCUUGGUCCGCUGAUAAAGCAAUUCAGCAGUUUGGUCGAACCCAUCGUUCAAACCAAGUGAAUGCACCCGAAUAUAUAUUCCUCAUCUCUGAGCUAGCUGGUGAAAAAAGAUUCGCGUCAAUAGUGGCGAAACGUCUGGAAUCGUUAGGAGCUUUAACACACGGUGAUCGUCGAGCGACGGAGUCUCGUGACUUGAGUCAGUUCAAUGUGGAUACUCGUUAUGGUAGAUCAGCGUUGGAUAUCCUGCUGCGAUCUGUCAUUGGCUCGAUGAAUCCACCUCUGAUUCAACCACCUCAAAAUUAUAAACCUGGAAACUUCUUUGCGGAUAUGGCACGUUACAUGGAAGGAGUUGGCAUAUUGUCGUGCGAUAAGGGUGUCUACUCAGUGGAACGUGAAUCAGCAACGAUACCGAAAUUCUUGAAUCGCAUUCUCGGUCUGCCUGUGCAUGCACAGAAUGCGUUGUUCCAGUACUUCUCAGAUAUUCUCUCUGAUCUUGUUUCGCAAGCAAAACACGAUGGUACUUACGACAUGGGUAUUGUUGAUCUGGGAACUGGCGGUGAUGAGGCUCGUAAGCUGGAAACUCGAGUGUUCUUGGGUCGGGCAGAUAAUGGUAGUUUUAGAGUGGAGAUGCAUAAGAUCGGCGUUGAACGUGGAGUGACAUGGGAAGAUGCGUAUGCGAUUUGGAAGGAUCACCAUAUCGACGAAGAUGGGUUUUAUCUGUCGACGAUUGGUGUGAAUGGAAAGAAAGCAGCAGCACUAGUGUAUGGUAUCGGUAAGAAACAACUGGAUACAGGUGCAAGAUUGUUUUGUGUAACCCGUCCAAGUACGGGUCGUAGUCCGAAGUUGGAAACAAUGAGUGAAUUAUCGAAACGAUUCACAGCUGCUACACCUGAGGAGGUGGAACAAGUAUGGAAGAAUCAAUAUGAAGGUUCGAGUAAAAUGUGUCAGCACAAUUAUUUCCACGCUCGUUGUCGCAGUGAAGAGCAAGGAAUAUACUGUGAGACAGGUCGUAGAACAAGGACGUAUUUCGUUUUAUCCGGCUCUGUUCUGUCUGUGUGGCCAAUUGUGGAGGAUGUCUUAUCGGGAGGUGUUUCUUUGUCGAAUCGAGAAAUCAAAAAGACACAGCGAAUGCAAAUCAUUCGUGUUCGUACGCAACAAGAUCUUAAGAUUGUUGGUUUAUUGAUACUGCCUCAGUAUGUGCGCUCAUUAGUGGGACGUCUUGAGGAACAUUGUGGACGUGCUUAUUUAGACACUAAAGGAACAACGACCUUGUAG